UAAAGUAGUAUUAACAACUCACCGACCAAUUCCUGGGUUUGAAUUUCUUUGCCUCUCUUUCAACACCAGAAAGGAAAUUCACUUUGAUUAUUAAAGAGCCACGAACAAGAUUCGAAUUUUAUUAUCCGAACAUUUUCUCUUCUCCUUCCUUGUGUCUACUUUACUCUCACGAAAACUCCCUUCUCCCAAAUUCGGGACAUUUCUUUCUUUCUAUCUAAAACGAAGCCAGAAACAGAGGUUUCUAUUCCGAAAGAGCAACCUUUUGAUUGAGACAAAAGAAAAGCCACCCAUUAUUACUUUUCCCGCAAAGAUUGGAAUUCGAUUCCUUUAAUUCUAAUUUAUUUAAUAUCUGAUACCCCAACCCCCAAAAGACAUAUCUUCUUCAACAUUAAGCUCUGCCCAGACCCAGAUGAAUUUCUCGAGACUUUUGCUGCUCUUUUCUCUGUUUUCCCUCGCUUUUUCUCACGAAAAUUUCGAUACCCACCCCCUACCUCGACCAUUAAUCCUCGAACACCCGGAGACCCAUUUGAAAGAAGAGAAUAGAUUACACUGUAGCAGUUGGAGAUUUUCCGUGGAGGCUAAUAAUCUGAAUCCAUGGAAAACAAUCCCAGAAGAAUGUAUAGAUUAUGUGAGGAAUUACAUUACUGGGCGGGGAUACAGUACCGAUCUCCAAAGGGUUUCGAGGGAGGCAGCUGAUUAUGCCAAGAGCGUUGAGUUAGCCGGCGAUGGAAAAGACGUGUGGAUCUUCGACAUUGAUGAGACUUUGCUUUCUAAUCUUCCUUAUUACACCGACCGUGGUUAUGGUUUGGAGGUUUUUGAUCCAGUGGAGUUCGACAAAUGGGUGGACAAAGCCAUGGCUCUUCCUAUUGAGCCCAGUUUGAAACUCUAUGAAGAAGUUCAGGGUCGGGGUUUUAAAGUUUUCUUGUUAACUGGCCGAAGUGAAAGCCGGAGAGAGGUUACUGUUGAAAAUUUGAUCAACGCAGGGUUUCGAGAUUGGGAUCAGCUUAUGCUAAGAGCCCCGGAUGAACAUGGAAAGUUAGCAAUUAUAUACAAAUCAGAGAAGAGGAGUGAGAUGGUUAAAGAGGGAUAUAGGAUUCUUGGGAAUUCUGGAGACCAAUGGAGUGAUCUAUUAGGUACCCCAAUGUCCACUCGCUCAUUCAAGCUACCGAAUCCAAUGUAUUAUAUCCCCUAGAUACUUACCUUCUACUGUUCUAUAUUAGCCUCUUAUUUCAAUAGUCAUUAUUGUACUAAUUGAACUUCUGACUCAUAUGAACUGAACUCAAAGUUCCUUAAAUAAAUAAAUAAACAAUUGAAGUGAAGGUUCUUAA